GGAAUCGCAGGGAGCCAGGCGCCGCGAGCCACACGGCCCCGCAGCCCGCAGCCCGCACCCUCGCGCUUAGCGCCCGACCUUGCCUGCCCUGCCUUGGCCCCUGUUGCUCCCUGUGCUGAGGGAGGGAGCCUUGUUGGGCCUCCUCGCUGUGCCCCACUUGCUGCCUUCACCCUACGCCACCCACCCGCCUGCCCCGGCAGCCAUGGUGGCUGGCAUGCUCAUGCCACUGGACCAGCUGCGGGCCAUCUACGAGGUGCUCUUCCGUGAGGGUGUGAUGGUGGCCAAGAAGGACCGGAGGCCUCGCAGCCUGCACCCCCACGUGCCCGGCGUCACCAACCUGCAGGUCAUGCGUGCCAUGGCCUCCCUGCGGGCUCGGGGCCUGGUCCGGGAGACCUUCGCCUGGCGCCACUUUUACUGGUACCUUACAAAUGACGGCAUUGCCCACCUGCGCCAGUACCUGCACCUGCCACCAGAGAUCGUGCCUGCCUCUCUGCAGCGUGUGCGCCGCCCCGUCGCCAUGGUGAUGCCCGCACGCCGCACCCCACAUGUGCAGGCUGUGCAGGGUCCCCUGAGCAGUCCACCCAAGCGAGGUCUGCUGCUGGCUGAAGACCUGGCCUGUGAGGAGCGGAGGGUCUAUCGCCGGAAGGAGCCUGACGCAGGGGCACCUGAGACCCCUGUGGUGCCUGCAACCACCCUGGGGACUCUGGCCAGGCCAGGCCUGGAGCCUGCCCCAGCCACAGAUGAGCGGGACCGUGUGCAGAAGAAAACCUUCACCAAGUGGGUCAACAAGCACCUCAUCAAGCACUGGAGGGCAGAGGCCCAGCGGCACAUCAGUGACCUGUACGAAGACCUCCGUGAUGGCCACAACCUCAUCUCGCUGCUGGAGGUCCUCUCCGGGGACAGCCUGCCCCGAGAGAAGGGGAGGAUGCGCUUCCACAAGCUGCAGAACGUGCAGAUUGCCCUGGACUACCUCCGGCACCGCCAGGUGAAGCUGGUGAACAUCAGGAAUGAUGACAUCGCUGACGGCAACCCCAAGCUGACCCUCGGCCUGAUCUGGACCAUCAUCCUGCAUUUCCAGAUCUCGGACAUCCAGGUGAGCGGGCAGUCUGAAGACAUGACGGCCAAGGAGAAGCUGCUGUUGUGGUCACAGCGCAUGGUGGAGGGCUACCAGGGCCUGCGCUGUGACAACUUCACCUCCAGCUGGCGCGACGGCCGCCUCUUCAAUGCCAUCAUCCACCGGCACAAGCCCAUGCUCAUCGACAUGAGCAAGGUGUACCGUCAGACAAAUCUAGAGAACCUGGACCAGGCUUUCUCUGUGGCAGAGCGGGACCUGGGAGUGACUCGGCUCCUGGACCCCGAGGACGUGGAUGUCCCUCAGCCCGAUGAGAAGUCUAUCAUCACCUACGUCUCGUCCCUGUACGACGCCAUGCCCCGCGUGCCUGGCGCGCAGGACGGGGUGAAGGCCAACGAGCUGCAGCUGCGCUGGCAGGAGUACCGGGAGCUGGUGCUGCUGCUGCUGCAGUGGAUCCGGCACCACACAGCCGCUUUCGAGGAGCGCAAGUGUCCCUCCAGCUUUGAGGAGAUCGAGAUCUUAUGGUGCCAGUUCUUGAAGUUUAAGGAGACGGAGCUUCCAGCCAAGGAGGCAGACAAGAACCGGUCCAAGGGCAUCUACCAGUCCCUGGAGGCGGCGGUGCAGGCAGGCCAGCUCAAGGUGCCUCCCGGCUACCACCCGCUGGACGUGGAGAAGGAGUGGGGCAAGCUGCACGUGGCCAUCCUGGAGCGGGAGAAGCAGCUCCGGAGCGAGUUUGAGAGGCUGGAGUGUCUUCAGCGCAUCGUGAGCAAGUUGCAGAUGGAGGCGGGGCUGUGCGAGGAGCAGCUGAACCAGGCCGACGCCCUGCUUCAGUCGGAUGUCCGGCUGCUGGCGGCAGGCAAGGUGCCACAGCGGGCAGGGGAGGUGGAGCGGGACCUGGACAAUGCAGAUGGCAUGAUCCGGCUGCUGUUCAACGACGUGCAGACCCUGAAGGAUGGACGGCACCCACAGGGCGAGCAGAUGUACCGCAGGGUGUACCGCCUGCACGAGCGCCUGGUGGCUAUCCGCACUGAGUACAACCUCCGGCUGAAGGCAGGCGUGGCCGCCCCUGUGACCCAAGUGACCCAGGUGACACUGCAGAGCACGCAGAGGCGCCCAGAGCUGGAGGACUCCACCCUGCGCUACCUGCAGGACCUGCUGGCUUGGGUGGAGGAGAACCAGCGGCGGGUAGACAGUGCCGAAUGGGGCGUGGACCUGCCCAGUGUGGAGGCGCAGCUUGGCAGCCACCGUGGCCUGCACCAGUCCAUUGAGGAAUUCCGGGCCAAGAUCGAGCGGGCACGGAAUGAUGAGGGCCAGCUCUCCCCCGCCACCCGGGGCACCUACCGUGACUACCUGGGAAGGCUAGACCUGCAGUAUGCCAAGCUACUCAACUCCUCCAAGGCCCGCCUGCGGUCCCUGGACAGCCUACACGGCUUUGUGGCAGCUGCCACCAAGGAGCUCAUGUGGCUGAAUGAGAAGGAAGAGGAGGAGGUGAGCUUUGACUGGAGCGAGCGCAACGCCAACAUGGUCGCUAAGAAGGAGAGCUACUCGGCCCUGAUGCGCGAGCUGGAGCUGAGGGAGAAGAAGAUCAAGGAGAUUCAGGACACCGGGGACCGGCUGCUACGGGAGGACCACCCUGCUCGGCCCACAGUGGAGUCCUUCCAGGCGGCCCUGCAGACCCAGUGGAGCUGGAUGCUGCAGCUGUGCUGCUGCAUUGAGGCGCACCUGAAGGAGAACACGGCCUACUUCCAGUUCUUCUCAGACGUGCGGGAGGCCGAGGAGCAGCUGCAGAAGCUGGAGGAGACACUGCGAAGGAAGUACAGCUGUGACCGCUCCAUCACUGUCACCCGGCUUGAGGACCUGCUGCAGGAUGCCCAGGACGAGAAGGAGCAGCUGAAUGAGUACAAGGGGCACCUGUCGGGCCUGGCCAAGCGGGCCAAGGCCAUCGUGCAGCUGAAGCCCCGCAACCCAGCCUACUCUGUACGGGGCCGCGUGCCCCUCCUGGCCGUGUGUGACUACAAGCAGGUGCAGGUGACCGUGCACAAGGGUGACGAGUGCCACCUGCUGGGCCCUGCGCAGCCAUCCCACUGGAAGGUGCUCAGCAGCUCCGGCAGCGAGGCUGCCGUGCCCUCCGUGUGCUUCCUCGUGCCCCCACCCAACCAGGAGGCCCAGGAGGCCAUCUCCAGGCUGGAGUCCCAGCACCAGGCCCUGGUCACACUUUGGCACCAGCUGCAUGUGGACAUGAAGAGCCUCCUGGCAUGGCAGAGUCUCAGCCGUGACGUGCAGCUCAUCCGCUCCUGGUCCCUGGUCACGUUUCGCAUGCUGAAGCCCGAGGAGCAGCGCCAAGCCCUGCGCAGCCUGGAGCUGCACUAUCAGGCCUUCCUGCGGGACAGCCAGGAUGCCAGUGGCUUCGGGCCUGAGGACCGGCUCACAGCUGAGCGCGAGUACAGCUCCUGCAGCCACCACUACCAGCAGCUGCUGCAGAGCCUGGAGCAGGGCGAGCAGGAGGAGUCUCGCUGCCAGCGCUGCAUCUCAGAGCUCAGAGACAUCCGGCUGCAACUGGAGGCCUGCGAGACUCGCACUGUGCACCGCCUGCGGCUGCCACUGGAUAAAGAACCUGCACGGGAGUGUGCCCAGCGCAUCGCCGAGCAGCAGAAAGCACAGGCUGAAGUGGAGGGGCUGGGCAAGGGGGUCUCCCGGCUCUCUGCUGAGGCUGAGAAGGUGCUGGCCCUACCCGAGCCAUCACCUACUGCCCCCACUCUGCGCUCGGAGCUGGAGCUGACGCUUGGCAAGCUGGAGCAGGUCCGCAGCCUGUCCGCCAUCUACCUGGAGAAGCUCAAGACCAUCAGUCUGGUGAUCCGCAGCACUCAAGGGGCCGAGGAGGUGCUCAAGGCCCAUGAGGAGCAGCUCAAGGAGGCCCAGGCUGUGCCUGCCACCCUUCAGGAGCUUGAGGCCACCAAGGCUUCACUGAAGAAGCUCCGGGCCCAGGCGGAGGCACAGCAGCCAGUGUUCAACGCUUUGCGGGAUGAGCUGCGGGGGGCGCAGGAGGUGGGCGAGCGGCUACAGCAGCGGCACGGAGAGCGGGACGUGGAGGUGGAACGCUGGCGCGAGCGGGUCACCCACCUGCUGGAGCGGUGGCAGGCCGUGCUGGCUCAGACAGAUGUGCGGCAGCGUGAGCUGCAGCAGCUGGGCCGCCAGCUGCGCUACUACCGCGAGAGCGCAGACCCACUGGGGGCCUGGCUGCAGGAGGCCAAGCGGCGGCAGGAGCAGAUCCAGGCCGUGCCGUUGGCCAACAGCCGGGCCGUGCGGGAGCAGCUACAGCAGGAGAAGGCCCUGCUGGAGGAAAUCGAGCGCCACGGGGAGAAAGUUGGGGAGUGCCAGGAGUUCGCCAAGCAGUACAUUAAUGCCAUCAAGGACUAUGAGCUCCAACUGGUCACGUACAAGGCGCAGCUUGAGCCAGUGGCCUCCCCAGCCAAGAAGCCCAAGGUCCAGUCUGGAUCAGAGAGCGUCAUCCAGGAGUAUGUGGACCUGCGCACCCGCUACAGUGAGCUGACCACACUCACGAGCCAGUACAUCAAGUUCAUCAGCGAGACUCUGCGGCGCAUGGAGGAGGAGGAGAGGCUGGCCGAGCAGCAGCGGGCAGAGGAGCGGGAGCGGCUGGCAGAGGUGGAGGCUGCACUGGAGAAGCAGCGGCAGCUGGCCGAGGCGCACGCCCAGGCCAAGGCGCAGGCUGAGCGGGAGGCGCAGGAGCUGCAGCGGCGCAUGCAGGAGGAGGUGGUGCGGAGGGAGGCGGCGGCGGUGGACGCCCAGCAGCAGAAGCGCAGCAUCCAAGAGGAGCUGCAGCAUGUGCGGCAGAGCUCCGAGGCGGAGAUCCAGGCCAAGGCCCAGCAAGUGGAGGCGGCUGAACGCAGCCGGCUGCGCGUGGAGGCGGAGAUCCGUGUGGUGCGCCUGCAGCUGGAGGCCACGGAGCGCCAGCGUGGUGGGGCCGAGGGGGAGCUGCAGGCGCUGCGAGCGCGCGCCGAGGAGGCCGAGGCGCAGAAGCGGCAGGCGCAGGAGGAGGCGGAGCGCUUGCGGAGGCAGGUGCAGGACGAGAGCCAGCGCAAGCGGCAGGCGGAGGCAGAGCUGGCCCUGCGCGUGAAAGCGGAGGCCGAGGCGGCCCGUGAGAAGCAGCGGGCCGUGCAGGCGCUGGAGGAGCUGCGACUGCAGGCAGAGGAGGCCGAGCGGAGGCUGCGGCAGGCCGAGGCAGAGCGCGCUCGCCAGGUGCAGGUAGCCCUGGAGACGGCGCAGCGCAGCGCAGAGGCAGAGCUGCAGAGCAAGCGCGCCUCCUUCGCGGAGAAGACGGCGCAGCUGGAGCGCACCCUGCAGGAGGAGCACGUCACGGUGGCUCAGCUGCGUGAAGAGGCCGAACGGCGGGCGCAGCAGCAGGCCGAGGCCGAGCGCGCUCGCGAGGAGGCCGAGCGGGAGCUGGAGCGCUGGCAGCUGAAGGCCAACGAGGCGCUGCGGCUGCGGCUGCAGGCAGAGGAGGUGGCGCAGCAGAAGAGCCUGGCGCAGGCCGAGGCCGAGAAGCAGAAGGAGGAGGCGGAGCGUGAGGCGCGGCGGCGCGGCAAGGCGGAGGAGCAGGCCGUGCGGCAGCGGGAGCUGGCGGAGCAGGAGCUGGAGCGGCAGCGGCAGCUGGCGGAGGGCACCGCGCAGCAGCGCCUGGCCGCAGAGCAGGAGCUGAUCCGGCUGCGGGCGGAGACGGAGCAGGGCGAGCAGCAGCGGCAGCUGCUGGACGAGGAGCUGGCCCGGCUGCAGCGCGACGUGUCCGCGGCCACGCAGAAGCGGCAGGAGCUGGAGGCCGAGCUGGCCAAGGUGCGGGCGGAGAUGGAGGUGCUGCUGGCCAGCAAGGCGCGGGCCGAGGAGGAGUCGCGCUCCACCAGCGAGAAGUCCAAGCAGAGGCUGGAGGCCGAGGUCGGCCGCUUCCGCGAGCUGGCCGAGGAGGCCGCCCGCCUGCGCGCCCUGGCCGAGGAAGCCAAGCGGCAGCGGCAGCUGGCCGAGGACGACGCGGCGCGGCAGCGGGCCGAGGCCGAGCGGGUGCUCGCCGAGAAGCUGGCGGCCAUCAGCGAGGCCACGCGGCUCAAGACGGAGGCGGAGCUCGCGCUCAAGGAGAAGGAAGCCGAGAACGAGCGGCUGCGGCGGCUGGCGGACGACGAGGCCUUCCAGCGGCGGCGGCUGGAGGAGCAGGCCGAGCAGCACAAGGCCGACAUCGAGGAGCGGCUGGCCCAGCUGCGCAAGGCUUCGGAGAGCGAGCUGGAGCGGCAGAAGGGGCUGGUGGAGGACACGCUGCGGCAGCGGCGGCAGGUGGAGGAGGAGAUCCUGGCCGUCAAGGCGAGCUUCGAGAAGGCGGCUGCCGGCAAGGCGGAGCUGGAGCUGGAGCUGGGGCGCAUCCGCAGCAACGCCGAGGACACGCUGCGCAGCAAGGAGCAGGCGGAGCAGGAGGCCGCGCGCCAGCGCCAGCUGGCGGCCGAGGAGGAGCAGCGGCGCCGAGAGGCCGAGGAGCGCGUGCAGAAGAGCCUGGUGGCAGAGGAGGAGGCCGCCCGGCAGCGCAAGGCUGCACUGGAGGAAGUGGAGCGGCUCAAGGCCAAGGUGGAGGAGGCGCGGCGCCUGCGGGAGCGCGCGGAGCAGGAGUCGGCUCGGCAGCUGCAGCUGGCCCAGGAGGCCGCCCAGAAGCGGCUCCAGGCGGAGGAGAAGGCACACGCCUUCGCGGUGCAGCAGAAGGAGCAGGAGUUGCAGCAGACGCUGCAGCAGGAGCAGAGCAUGCUGGAGCGGCUGCGUGGUGAGGCGGAGGCAGCUCAGCGAGCGGCCGAGGAGGCGGAGGAGGCACGGCAGCAGGCCGAGCGCGAGGCGGCGCAGUCCCGGCGGCAGGUGGAAGAGGCCGAGCGGCUGAAGCAGUCAGCCGAGGAGCAGGCGCAGGCCCAGGCCCAGGCCCAGGCUGCUGCAGAGAAGCUGCGCAAGGAAGCUGAGCAGGAGGCCGCGCGACGGGCGCAGGCAGAGCAAGCGGCUUUGCGCCAGAAGCAGGCAGCGGACGCCGAGAUGGAGAAACACAAGAAAUUCGCCGAGCAGACGCUGCGGCAGAAGGCACAGGUGGAGCAGGAACUGACCACGCUGCGGCUGCAGCUGGAGGAGACUGACCAUCAGAAGAGCAUUCUGGACGAGGAGCUGCAGCGGCUGAAGGCGGAGGUGACAGAGGCAGCCCGCCAGCGCAGCCAGGUGGAGGAGGAACUCUUCUCUGUGCGCGUGCAGAUGGAGGAGCUGAGCAAGCUCAAGGCGCGCAUUGAGGCUGAGAACCGCGCGCUCAUCUUGCGUGACAAGGACAACACGCAGCGCUUCCUGCAGGAGGAGGCCGAGAAGAUGAAGCAGGUGGCGGAGGAGGCUGCGCGGCUGAGUGUGGCGGCCCAGGAGGCCGCACGGCUGCGGCAGUUGGCAGAGGAUGAUGUGGCGCAGCAGCGGGCCCUGGCUGAGAAGAUGCUCAAGGAAAAGAUGCAGGCGGUGCAAGAGGCCACGCGGCUCAAAGCUGAGGCCGAGCUGCUGCUGCAGCAGAAGGAGCUUGCACAGGAGCAGGCCCGGCGGCUGCAGGAGGACAAGGACCAGAUGGCACAGCAGUUGGCACAGGAGACGCAGGGUUUCCAGCGCACUCUGGAAGUGGAGAGGCAGCGGCAGCUGGAGAUGAGCACGGAGGCCGAGCGCCUCAAGCUGCGUGUGGCUGAGAUGAGCCGGGCCCAGGCCCGUGCCGAGGAGGAUGCCCAGCGCUUCCGGAGGCAGGCCGAAGAGAUUGGCGAGAAGCUGCAUCGCACUGAGCUUGCCACGCAGGAGAAGGUGACACUAGUGCAGACACUUGAGAUCCAGCGGCAGCAGAGCGACCAGGAUGCCGUGAGGCUGCGGGAGGCCAUUGCCGAGCUGGAGCGUGAGAAGGAGAAGCUCAAGCAGGAGGCCAAGUUGCUACAGCUCAAGUCUGAGGAGAUGCAGAUGGUGAAGCAGGAGCAGCUGUUGCAGGAGACACAGGCCCUGCAGCAGAGCUUCCUCGCUGAAAAGGACAGCCUGCUGCAGCGGGAGCGCUUCAUCGAGCAGGAAAAGGCCAAGCUGGAGCAGCUCUUCCAGGAUGAGGUGGCCAAGGCACAGAAGCUGCGUGAGGAGCAGCAGCGGCAGCAGCAGCAGCUGGAGCAGGAGAAGCAGCAGCUGGUGGCCAGCAUGGAGGAGGCACGGCGGCGGCAACAUGAAGCCGAGGAGGGCGUGCGGCGCAAGCAGGAGGAGCUGCAGCGUUUGGAAGAGCAGCGGCAGCAGCAGGAGAAGCUGCUGGCCGAGGAGAACCAGCGGCUGCGGGAGCAGCUGCAGCGCCUGGAAGAAGAACACCAGGCCGCGCUCGCCCACUCGGAGGAAAUCGUCACUUUGCAGGGUGCUGCCACGAAGGCAUUGCCCAACGGCCAGGAGGCACCUGACGGCCCAGUGGCAGAGGUGCAGCCCGAGAAUGCCUUCGAUGGCGUGCGGUGGAAGGUUUCAGCCCAGCAGCUGCAGGAGGCAGGCAUCCUGAGCACAGAGGAGCUGCAUCGUCUGGCUCAGGGUCACACUACAGUGGCUGAGCUAGCGCGGCAGGAAGAUGUGCGCCGGUAUCUGCAGGGCCACAGUAGUAUUGCGGGGCUGCUGCUGAAGCCUACCAAUGAGAAGCUGAGCAUCUAUGCAGCCCUGCAGAGACAGCUACUGAGCCCUGGCACAGCUCUCAUUCUGCUGGAGGCCCAGGCAGCCUCAGGCUUCCUGCUGGACCCUGUGCGGAACCGGCGAUUGACCGUCAACGAGGCUGUGAAGGAGGGCGUCGUGGGUCCUGAGCUGCAUCAUAAGCUGCUGUCGGCUGAGCGUGCUGUCACUGGCUACAAGGACCCCUACACCGGGGAGCAGAUCUCCCUCUUCCAGGCCAUGCAGAAAGAUCUCAUCGUCCGGGACCACGGCAUCCGCCUGCUGGAGGCCCAGAUUGCCACCGGUGGUAUCAUCGAUCCCGUGCACAGCCAUCGCGUGCCUCUGGAGGUGGCCUACCAGCGUGGCUACUUUGACGAGGACAUGAACCGCAUGCUGGCGGACCCCAGUGACGACACCAAGGGCUUCUUCGACCCCAACACACACGAGAACCUCACCUACCUGCAGUUGUUGGAGCGCUGUGUGGAGGACCCGGAGACUGGCCUGCGCCUCCUGCCACUCACAGAUAAGGCUGCCAAGGGCGGUGAGCUGGUCUACACUGACUCGGAGGCUCGGGACGUCUUUGAGAAGGCCACCGUGUCUGCACCAUUUGGCAAGUUUCAAGGCAAGACGGUGACCAUCUGGGAGAUCAUCAACUCAGAAUACUUCACGGCCGAGCAGCGGCGGGACCUGCUGCGGCAGUUCCGCACAGGCCGGAUCACAGUGGAGAAGAUCAUUAAGAUCGUCAUCACUGUGGUGGAGGAGCACGAGCGCAAGGGCCAGCUCUGUUUUGAGGGCCUGCGCACCCUGGUACCUGCUGCUGAGCUGCUGGAGAGCAAGGUCAUCGACUGCGACCUCUACCGCCAGCUGCAGCGGGGUGAGUGCUCCGUGCAAGAGGUGGCCGAGAUGGACACUGUGCGGCGAGCCCUGCGGGGUGCCAAUGUCAUCGCAGGCGUAUGGCUAGAAGAGGCAGGGCAGAAGCUGAGCAUCUACGAGGCCCUGAAGAGGGACCUCCUACAACCAAAUGUGGCUGUGGCUCUGCUGGAGGCUCAGGCCGGCACUGGGCACAUCAUAGACCCUGCCACUAGCGCCCGGUUGACCGUGGACGAGGCAGUGCGUGCUGGCCUGGUGGGCCCUGAGCUGCAUGAAAAGCUGCUUUCGGCCGAGAAGGCUGUGACAGGCUACAGGGACCCCUACUCAGGGCAGAGCGUCUCCCUGUUCCAAGCCCUGAAGAAGGGCCUCAUCCCGCAGGAGCAGGGCCUGCGCCUGCUGGAUGCCCAGCUAUCCACAGGUGGCAUUGUGGACCCCAGCAAGAGCCACCGUGUGCCCCUGGACAUUGCCUAUGCCCGGGGAUAUCUGGAUGAGGAAACCAGCAGGGCCCUGUCAGCACCCAGGGACGAUGCCAAGGCCUACUGUGACCCCACCUCACAGGAGCCAGUCACCUAUGGUCAGCUGCAGCAGAGGUGCCGGCCUGACCAGCUGACUGGGCUGCGUUUGCUGCCACUCUCAGAGAAGGCCGCCCGGGCCCGGCAGGAGGAGCUCUACUCUGAGCGCCAGGCCCAUGAGACCUUCGAGAAGGCCACCGUUGAGGUCCCUGUGGGCAGCUUCAAGGGCAGGACGCUGACAGUGUGGGAGCUUAUAAGCUCGGAGUACUUCACGGAGGAGCAGCGGCGGGAGUUGCUACGCCAGUUCCGCACGGGCAAGGUCACCGUGGAGAAAGUCAUAAAGAUCCUCAUCACCAUUGUCGAGGAGGUGGAGAGCCGGCGGCAGGAGAGGCUGUCCUUCACUGGCCUUCGCACCCCUGUGCCGGCCAGUGAGCUUCUGGCCUCAGGGGUCCUCAGCAGAGCCCAGUUUCAGGACCUCCAGGAUGGUAAGACGUCGGUGAAGGACCUCUCAGAGGUGGCCUCUGUACGGACGCUGUUGCAGGGCAGUGGCUGCCUCGCCGGCAUCUACCUGGAGGACUCCAAGGAGAAGGUGACCAUCUACGAGGCCAUGCACCGGGGCCUGCUCAGGCCCAGCACAGCCAUGCUCCUGCUUGAGGCGCAGGCAGCCACUGGCUUUCUGGUAGACCCCGUGCGGAAUCAGCGCCUGUAUGUCCACGAGGCCGUAAAGGCUGGUGUCGUGGGCCCUGAGCUGCACGAAAAGCUGCUGUCCGCUGAGAAGGCCGUCACGGGCUACAAGGAUCCCUACUCAGGCUCCACCAUCUCCCUCUUCCAGGCCAUGAAGAAGGGCCUGGUUCUCAGGGACCACGGCAUCCGCCUGCUGGAGGCCCAGAUCGCCACCGGCGGCAUCAUCGACCCCGUGCACAGCCACCGCGUGCCCGUGGACGUGGCCUACCAGCGCGGCUACUUUGACGAGGAGAUGAACCGCGUGCUGGCGGACCCCAGCGAUGACACCAAGGGCUUCUUUGACCCCAACACACACGAGAACCUCACCUACCUGCAGCUGCUGGAGCGCUGCGUGGAGGACCCGGAGACGGGCCUGCGCCUCCUGCCACUAAAAGGGGCAGAGAAGGUUGAGGUGGUGGAGACCACGCAGGUGUACACUGAAGAGGAGACCCGGCGAGCAUUCGAGGAGACGCAGAUCGAUAUUCCUGGCAGUGGUGGCCACGGUGGCUCCACCAUGUCCCUGUGGGAGGUGAUGCAAUCUGACCUAAUUCCUGAGGAACAGCGGACCCGGCUGAUGGCCGACUUCCAGGCUGGCCGGGUGACCAAGGAGCGUGUGAUCGUCAUCAUCAUUGAGAUCAUUGAAAAGACCGAGAUCAUCCGCCAGCAGAACCUGGCGUCCUAUGACUACGUGCGCCGCCGCCUCACGGCCGAGGACCUGUACGAGGCCCGGCUCAUCUCCCUUGAGACCUACAACCUGCUCCGGGAGGGCACCAAGAGCCUCCGCGAGGUCCUCGAGGCAGAGUCCGCUUGGCGCUACCUCUAUGGCACAGGCUGCGUGGCCGGUGUCUACCUGACUGGCUCUAGGAAGACGUUGACCAUCUACCAGGCUUUCAAGAACGGGCAGCUGAGUGCCGAGGUGGCCCGCUUGCUGCUGGAGGCACAGGCGGCCACAGGUUUCCUGCUGGACCCGGUGAAGGGCGAGCGGCUGACUGUGGACGAGGCUGUGCGGAAGGGCCUGGUUGGCCCUGAGCUGCAUGACCGGCUGCUCUCGGCCGAGCGGGCUGUCACCGGCUACCGUGACCCCUACACCGAGCAGACCAUCUCACUCUUCCAGGCCAUGAAGAAGGAGCUCAUCCCUGCCGAGGAGGCCCUGCGGCUGCUGGAUGCCCAGCUGGCCACAGGCGGCAUUGUAGAUCCCCACCUGGGCUUCCACCUCCCGCUGGAGGUGGCCUACCAGCGUGGCCACCUCAACAAGGACACACAUGACCAGCUCUCAGAGCCCAGUGAGGUGCGCAGCUAUGUGGACCCUUCCACAGAGGAGCGCCUCAGCUACACGCAGCUGCUCAAACGGUGCCACCCUGACGAGAAUAGCGGCCAGCUGCUCCUGCCACUCUCUGGUGCCCGCAAGGUGACCCUCCCUGGCCUGCGCAAACAAAUCACCUUGGAGGAGCUGGUGCGCUCGCAGGUCAUGGAUGAGGCCACGGCACUGCAGCUGCAGGAGGGCCUGACCUCCAUCGAGGAGGUCACCAAGAGCCUGCAGAAGUUCCUCGAGGGCACCAGCUGCAUUGCCGGCGUCUUUGUGGACACCACCAAGGAGCGGCUGUCUGUGUACCAGGCCAUGAAGAAGGGCAUUAUCCGCCCCGGCACGGCCUUUGAGCUCCUGGAGGCACAGGCAGCCACCGGCUAUGUCAUCGACCCCAUCAAGGGGCUCAAGCUGACUGUGGAGGAGGCCGUGCGCAUGGGCAUCGUGGGCCCCGAGUUCAAGGACAAGUUGCUGUCGGCUGAACGUGCCGUCACAGGCUACAAGGACCCCUACUCUGGGAAGCUGAUCUCCCUCUUCCAGGCCAUGAAGAAGGGCCUGAUCCUGAAGGACCAUGGCAUCCGCCUGCUGGAGGCCCAGAUUGCCACGGGUGGCAUCAUCGACCCCGAGGAGAGCCACCGCCUGCCUGUGGAGGUGGCCUACAAGCGUGGCCUCUUUGACGAGGAGAUGAAUGAGAUCCUGACGGACCCCUCCGAUGACACCAAGGGCUUCUUCGAUCCCAACACAGAGGAGAACCUCACCUACCUGCAGCUGAUGGAGCGCUGCAUCACUGACCCCCAGACGGGCUUGUGCCUCCUGCCGCUGAAGGAGAGGAAGCGGGAGCGGAAGACGUCCUCCAAGUCCUCGGUGCGCAAGCGCCGCGUGGUGAUUGUGGACCCUGAGACAGGCAAAGAGAUGUCGGUGUACGAGGCCUACCGCAAAGGCCUCAUUGACCACCAGACGUACCUGGAGCUGUCCGAGCAGGAGUGCGAGUGGGAGGAGAUCACCAUCUCCUCCUCGGAUGGCGUGGUCAAGUCCAUGAUCAUUGACCGCCGCUCUGGCCGCCAGUACGACAUCGACGAUGCCAUUGCCAAGAACCUCAUCGACCGCUCGGCACUGGACCAGUACCGCGCCGGCACGCUCUCCAUCACCGAGUUUGCCGACAUGCUCUCGGGCAAUGCCAGCGGCUUCCGCUCCCGCUCCUCAUCGGUGGGCUCCUCUUCCUCCUACCCCAUCAGUCCUGCCGUCUCUAGGACCCAGCUGGCCCCCUGGUCUGACCCCACUGAGGAGACAGGCCCUGUGGCCGGCAUCCUGGACACGGAGACGCUGGAGAAGGUGUCCAUCACAGAGGCCAUGCACCGCAACCUGGUCGACAACAUCACCGGGCAGCGGCUGCUGGAGGCACAGGCCUGCACCGGGGGCAUCAUCGACCCCAGCACUGGCGAGCGCUUCCCCGUCACGGAUGCCGUCAACAAGGGCCUGGUGGACAAGAUCAUGGUGGACCGCAUCAACCUGGCCCAGAAGGCCUUCUGCGGCUUCGAGGACCCACGCACCAAGACCAAGAUGUCGGCCGCCCAGGCCCUGAAGAAGGGCUGGCUGUACUACGAGGCAGGCCAGCGCUUCCUGGAGGUGCAGUACCUGACGGGAGGCUUGAUUGAACCCGACAUGCAGCGCCGUUUGCCCCUGGAGGAGGCCCUGCAGCGUGGCAUCGUGGACACCCGCACCGCCCAGAAGCUGCGUGACGUUGGCGCCUACUCCAAGUACCUCACCUGCCCCAAGACCAAGCUCAAGAUCUCAUACAAGGACGCACUGGACCGCAGCAUGGUGGAGGAGGGCACGGGCCUGCGGCUGCUGGAAGCCGCUGCCCAGUCCAGCAAGGGCUACUACAGCCCCUACAGCGUCAGCGGCUCUGGCUCCGCCGCCGGCUCGCGCACAGGCUCACGCACGGGCUCCCGGGCUGGCUCCCGCCGCGGCAGCUUCGAUGCCACUGGCUCCAGCUUCUCCAUGACUUUCUCUUCCUCCUCCUACUCUUCCUCAGGCUAUGGCCGCCGCUACGCCUCGGGGCCCUCAGCCUCCCUGGGGGGCCCUGAGUCUGCAGUGGCCUGACCCCUGCCUGCCUCUGCCCUCCCGCUCUGCAUGCGGCCAGGCUCCCCGCCGAGGCGCUGGGGUCUUUCUUUAAUGUUUGAAGGUGUCUUCCUCCCAAGUGGUGCCUAAAGUUUAACCAAAAAAAACCCAGACUAAUAUAGUAAUAUAUAUCUGCUGUCCAGACGGCCUGGGCACGGGGGUGGCCAAGCCCCACUGGCCGCCUCACCCCCAUCAGGUGUCCGCAGUCCCUCCUACCUGCCACUCGCCACAGCCAGGUGCCUUGCAGGGUCCAGAGCCAGGUCCCCAGCCUCCUCCUGUCUCCCCAGAGAGGGUUCCUUCUGGACAAGGCCCCCAGCCCCGUAAGCCACCCACCAGUCCUGGCUGCCAAGGGCAGCUGGAGCCAGUCCCAUCAGUGGAGGGCCCUCAUCCCUCUCGGGGCCUCAACUCCUAGGCCAGCAUCCUCUCCCCAGCGUGUUUCCAGGACUGGCCUGCUCGCUCAGUGGGUCUUGCUGGGGACGGAGGGGGUCCCGGGUCAGCCGUCUCUUGCAGCCUGCCCAGAGAAUCCCCUUCCCCAUGGGAAGUUGAGGGUCCAGUCUUCAGAGCUAGGUGUUUGGGCUCCAGCCUCCUGCCGGUUCCUGCAGCUGCGUCUGAGCUCUGCUUCGUGGCUCACCCCCCACCCCGACCCCCACACUCCCACGACCCCAGGCCUCUGGCUUCAGCCUCUCAGCCUCAGCUCCCUAGUAAGUGCCUUCUGUGUUCUCCCUCCUACCCCAGGCGCCGAGGACCCAGGCCCAGGGUGGGAGACAGACGCUCCCAGCUGGGUGUGGCCGGGGGUCCUGCAGAUGUGCCCUCCCUGUGGGCCCAGGGGCCCUCGAGCCUGUGGAGCCCCACCCUGGGGUGCUGCCUGCCAUUUUUCCCAGGGAGCCCCAGUUCCCAGAUCAGUCUCAGCCCCUCUUUGGCCCAGGGACGCCAGCUGGGCUGUGUGUGGUGAUGAGGCACCCCAGCCCAGUGCCACCCACCCUCCUGUUCCCUCAGCCCCUGGCCUUGGUGGCCCUCACCCCUCCCUCCUCCCUUAGACUGAGCUUUGCAUGUUCCACUAACCCAGGCAGGCAGUAGGUGGAAGUGCCAGGCUGCCGGCCGCCUCUGUGAGGGCAGAACACUAACCUGACCAUGGGCGGGGGCCCUGCGGUGUCCGCCCCCAAUAAAAGCAAUUCCAACCUU